CAUGGAGCCCGCCGGCCCGGCCCCCGGCCGCCUCGGGCCGCUGCUCUGCCUGCUGCUCGCCGCGUCUUGCGCCUGGUCAGGAGCAUCAGGACAGGAGGAGCUGCGGGUGACUCAGCCUGAGCCAUCAGUGUCGGUCGCGGCCGGAGAGGCGGCCACUCUGCGCUGCACCGUGACCUCCCUGCUCCCCGUGGGGCCCAUGCAGUGGUUCAGGGGGGAAGAGCCACGCCGGCAGCUGAUCUUCAGUUUCAAAGAUGGACAAGAAGCCCUCUUCCCCCGGGUAACGCGUAUUGGAAGCACCACAGAGAGAGACAACAAGGACUUUUCCAUCCUCAUCAGAAACGUCACCACAGCUGACGCCGGCACCUACUACUGUGUCAAGUUCCGGAAAGGGACUCCUGAUGUGGAGUUUAAGUCUGGGGCAGGCACCGAGCUGUCCGUGCGUGGUGAGUACGGCGUGGGCCUCCUUCGUCCCCUGGUGUGUGACAGCAAGACAGUAGUGACGCCCUCUGCUCUUUUCCCCAUCUGUGACAUGGUGAUCAUCAUGGCCACCAUCUGGGGUGCUGUGCAGGUUGGAGAGGAUGUGCACAAAGCCCUGGAUGGAGCAGGGAACCAGGUAAAUGUCACCUGCCAGGUGGGGAAGUUCUACCCCCAGAGACUAAACCUGACCUGGCUGGAGAAUGGAAACGUGUCCCGAACAGAAUCGGCCUCGACCCUCAUGGAGAACAAGGAUGGCACCUAUAACUGGACGAGCUGGCUCCUGGUGAACUCUUCCGCCCACAGGGAGGAUGUGGUGCUCACCUGCCAGGUGCAGCAUGACGGGCAGCCAGCGGUCAGCAGAAGCCACACCCUGGAGGUGUCUGCCCAGCAGAAGGAGCAGGGCACAGAUGCCGCCCCUGGCAAAUCUCCAAAUAACAGCUGGAGCAUCUAUAUUGUGGCGGGCGUCAUGUGUGCCUUGCUGGUGACCCUGCUGAUUGCGGUCCUCUAUUUCCUCCGAGCCAGACAGAAGAAAGCCAAGGGUUCCACUUCUUCUACAAGAUUGCAUGAGCCCGAGAAGAAUGCCAGAGAAAUAACCCAGGUCCAGGACACAAAUGACAUCACAUAUGCAGACCUGAACCUGCCCAAGGGGAAGAAGCCUGCCCCCCGGGCCGCCGAGCCCAACAACCACACAGAGUAUGCCAGCAUCCGGAGUGGCCCGCCACCCGUGACGGAGGACACCCUCACCUAUGCCGACCUGGACAUGGUGCACCUCAACCGGACCCCCAAGCAGCCGGCCCCUAAGCCCGAUCCGUCCUUCUCCGAGUAUGCCAGCGUCCAGGUCCAGAGGAAGUGAAUGGGACCAUGUUCGGCUCUGGGCCUGUCCCCACGAGCUUUCUUGUCCCACAUGGAGCAGCCGUGACAGGGACAGCCAUCUCAGUCCCGGAGGGCCGGGGUGGCACAGGCCCUGGGACCCAGGGGUGAGGGCGGCUCUCAUCUCCCCACCUACCUUGGCUCUCCAGCGCUUCUAGGGUGGCCACGGCCCUCCUCGUUGCCAUAUAUCUUGAGGCUGAUUUUGCCAGGCCAGCUGUGGAACCCACCUAGGAACUGGCCAGAGCCACAUGGAGUCCAGGGACUGUUGUUCCUCUAACAAUGCUAGGUCUUGUCAUGGUCUUGGAGACCCUCAACCGCCUCCUUGAUGCUCCAAAGCCUGAUCUUCCAAGGGGAGGAGGAGAAAAUCCCACCUCCUCCCACCACCACCCCCA